UGGUGUUCUCUAUUACCUUUCCUUAAAGAGCCUUAUUCGGGGGAGAGGGGAGGAGGGAGCGGACGGAGGCGGAGAGAGGAGAUCUGCGAUUGUCGAUGGAGGAGGUUGCUCUAUGGGAGGAGGAGGAGGAGGGAUGGAAAUGCCGGAAGCAUCCGUCGCAACCCCGUUACGGCGUGUGCCCCGUCUGCCUCCGGGACCGGCUCCUGCUCCUCUGCCCGGACUGCGCUAACGUGCGCCCCUGCGGGUGCUUUCCCCCGUCGUCAUCCUCGUCGUCAGCGUCCUCGUUCUCCUCCCUCUCUGCCGAUUUCGCGAGAUCCGGCGGCGGCGUUGCCGGGAUCGGGGCCGUGGGACGGGUGGCGCACCUCAUCGAGAGCGAGCCGGCCUUUCGCCGGUCCAGAUCCGUGGGGUUCCAGCUCCUGCGAUCGAGAUCGGUCGCCACCAGGGGCGGCGAGACCGGCAACGGCGCGCGUCCGCGGGCGCGUGGGAGGUGGGGUCGGGCGGCGUUCUGGCUGUUCUCGAGGAGGAAAGAGGAGCGGAGGGAGGAGUCGAGGAGCGCGGCGCCGGUGAAGCUAUCGAGAUCGGCAUCGGUCGGUGUGGUGGCUUACCCUGAUUCUGGCGGCGGCGGCGGGGGGAGGUCGAAAGGGUGGGGGUGGCAUUUUCCAAGCCCAAUGAAGGCUUUCCGGUACCGGAAGUCGACGAAGGUCGUUCAGCAGCGAUCGCCGCUCUGCCGGGGCUGAAAAGCGCGUCGGCUAUAAAGGUAGAUAGGAGGCUGAGAAGAAAGGGAAAAAUAUAUAUUUUCUUAUAAUUUUAUCUGGUAUUUUUGCGUUGUAUAUAUUUGCUAAACCUGAUCCAAAAAUUUUGGUGGGUAAUCUGAAAAAUUUUGGUUCAGUUGCAUUUUAAAACUUCCUUGUUACCAUUUGGAAACUGGGGUGAAAA